ACUAAAAAAUUUGUGCCCACCACCACUUCUUAUACACCCUUUUGUAAGUUCUAUACUUCAAUCAUAAACUUCCUCAAGAACAUUUCUCUCUCUCGGACACAUUUCAUUAAGAACUGCAAAAAGAGUACAUCAUAAAUUAAUUAAUUUUUAUCUAUCAUCAUUUAUGGCUUCCUUUUGGUCAUUCUCAUCAAUAUUCCUAGCCUUAAUAGCAUGCAAUUGUUCAUUAGCUUUGGCUUCUGCAAAAACCAUGCAUAUUUCAACAAUCUCAGCAGCACCAACUACAUUACCAGAAGCUCCUCUCUUUUCUCCUGCAAUGUCACCAGAUAUGGAGCCACUGUUUCCUUCCCCUGGAGGAGUUGCUUACUCUCCAUCGGAUUCUUCAUUACCAACAAUUCCUUCAAGUCCUAGCCCUCCAAAUCCAGAUAUCUCAACUCAUCAAGGUCCUGUUUCGGCUUUUCCACCAUCCGAGUCUAUGCCACCGGCUUUAGGCCCUUCUUCUCAGGGUUCAUCUCUCCUAAUGUAUUCAAUUUUACAUCUUGCUAUCAUGUUAGUUUGUAUAAUUCAGCUUCAUGGUAUGUGAUUACAUGCUGAUGUUUGUUUCUGCCUGUCUUCUAAAAUCAUGUAAUAAUAAUGUUCUAAAAAUUUAAGGCUAGUUAGUGAACAUUUUUAAGUGUCUGUCUGAUGAGUAAUUUGAAUGUAGAAAUAAUAAAUGGAGGUAAAUUUUUGUCAUCGUUCUAUCAUGUCAAUUUUUAAUCUUAACUGUUCGAUUCUAAA